ACUGUUUACGGAUUCCCAGCGAACAUGGCUGCAGACCUGCAGACCAAAUACAGCAAGCUGGCGCAGGAGUAUUCAAAGCUCCGUGCCCAGAACCAGGUGCUGAAGAAGGCUGUUGUAGACGAGCAGGCCAACUCUACUGCUCUAAAAGAUCAGCUGAAGCAAAGGGACCAGAGCCUGAGAAAGCAGGAACAGGAGAUGGACAGCCUCACUUUCAGGAACCAACAGCUUGCCAAGAGGGUGGAGCUGCUACAAGAGGAGCUCGCUGCUAGUGAAGCCAAGGGCAAAAAGGGGAAGAACAAAGGAGACUCUCCCUCUCAGCAUCAUAGCCUACAGACCCAAAAUGUUUUUGAUGAAGACCUGCAGAAAAAAAUAGAAGAGAAUGAGCGGCUACAUAUACAAUUCUACGAAGCGGAUCAGCAGCACAAAAGGAGAGAGGCUGAGCUGAGGGCCCGACUAGAGGAGCUGGAAAGAAACACAGAGCAGCACCAUGCUGUUGUAGACAGCCUUACCACAAAGUAUGUGGAAACAAACGAACGGCUGCAGAACAACAAAGCAUGUUUGGAGGUGAAAGUACAAACACUGGAAAGAGAAGCAAAAGAGUGUAGGAUGCGAACAGAAGAAUGUCAGCAGCAGUUGAAGCGAUGUCAAUCAGAGCUGAGAAGUCAGCUGAAACAAAGCAGCAGCGUAAUUCAGGAGAAAGUGCCCUUCAAUGACACCAAAUUUAGUGAGUACAACAGCCUAAAUGUACCGUCACACAAUCGAAGGCAUCAGCUUAAAGCCCGGGACGUCACGGGCCAGGCCCUGAGCUUCAUCCAGGACUUGGUGGCAGCUCUGUUAAACUUCCACACGUACACAGAGCAGAGAGUGCACAUCUAUCCCCUGGACUCCUCCAUUGAGAUCAUCUCUCCUCUAAACGAGAAGUUUUCCCAGUAUCUACAUGAGAACGCUGCCUAUGUGCGCCCCCUGGAGGACAGCUUUCUGCAGUUUUACCAAAGCAUCACAGAAGACACAGUCACAGUUCUGGAGACUGUUGUCACGUUGAAGACUUUCACUGAGAAUUUCUCCUCAUACACCCACUUUCUGCAAAAGAUUCUUCCGUACCAGCUGAAAAGCCUGGAAGAAGAGUGCGAGGCACCUCUUUGCACAGCUGCUCUGACCGCCAAAAACCGAGAGCUACGGAGCGACAUGAAGAAAGUAACAUCUGUGUUUGAGAAGCUGCAGAGCUACAUUAACCUUUUGGCCUUACCCAGUGUUCGGCAGGAUGCCGUGCCGCAGAGCAGCACCUCAGCUGUCUUCACCCAGCUGGCUGCCUGCCUGCACAGUCUUCAUGAUGCCGUUAAAGAGAUGUCAAAGCAUUACAACCAGAAGGCGGGCAUCGAGCAGGAUCUCCCCACGGUCACCCAGAAGCUCAGUACCACCACAGAAUGCCUCCUCGGGUCUCUGGGCUCUCUGACCAGCAUCACUGGCAAGAUUGCCACUUUCUUCAGCAACAACUUGGACUUCUUCACAUCGCCGGCCUACAGUCCAAGAGGGAGCACGGCCACCCUCAACCCGCUGCAAGCAGAGACCAUGCUGGCCAACAAAAAGAAAGCAGCUGCCUACAUUCAGGCUAUCCAAAAGGGCAGGCCGCAGUCGGUUCCUUACAGAGAAGCCCUGUCAAAUCGCCGCAUCCUCACCAGCUCCACUGAGAGCAGAGAGGGACUAACUCAGCAGGUGCAGCAGAGCCAGGAGAAGAUUGCUCGGCUGGAGCAGGAGAAGGAGCACUGGCUCCUGGAGGCUCAGCUGGGGAAGGUGCGGCUGGAGAAGGAGAACCAGCGGAUUGCCGACCUGGAAGCACAGCUUGCAGCUGCUCUGGGGGGGAGUCCAAACUCGCAGCCGGCCGGAGCCAGCCGGCUCACUCAGAGCCACGAGGAAGCAGAGACGGAACAGAAAGCCACAGGGAAGGAGACAACUCUGUGCACCAGUCUGGUUGGCAUGUUGUGCACAACCCCCACGAAUGAGCAUGUGGGAGACGAGGAGUCCCGGGAGCAGCUGAUAAAGACGCACUAUAUGGCCCGAGUUGGAGAGCUCACCACCCAGCUCCAGAUUUCAGACAGCAAAGCCGUGCACUUUCACUCAGAGUGUCGAGCUUUGGCAAAGAGAUUAACCAUCGCAGAAAAAUCUCGGGAGACUCUGAGCGAAGAGGUCAAAGUGGCUAAUCAGAACAUCACACGCUUGCAGGAUGAGCUGGCUACAACCAAGAGGAGCUAUGAAGACCAGCUCAGUAUGAUGAGCGACCAUCUGUGUAGUAUGAACGAGACUUUGAGCAAGCAGAGGGAGGAGAUCGACACACUCAAACUGGGUGGCAAGGGAAAUGCCAAAAAGAACAAGGGCCGCUAGAGGAGUCUUCAGGACGCCUUCGGGAGAGCUUGAACAUCUCUGUACCAACACUGCCUCCACACUACAGGAGCAUCAGACUCUCCCACCGUCAGGCAGCGCAAACAAACCCUUAAAGGAUCCAACACGUGUGACAGUCAAAGCUUUGAUGUCUUCUUUGUCACAUCGCCUGGAAAAUGAUCAGCUAAAGAUGUUCAAUGCACGACUGAAGAUUUAAACAAAGCAGAGACGCUCAGUGAAGUCGAGACUCGAAGACCAAACCCUGUUAAUGUGUCGUUUUUGUUGCGAAAGAAAACGAACUGUGCGCUCCGACUGUGAGUAGGUGAACGGAGUAAAUGCUGGUUGUUUGAGAGCAGCAGAGUGACUCCAACACACUUUACAACACGAGAGUAUCGUUUUACAAUGAAGGGACUAACUUGUUAGUUUGAGCUCAUUUGUUCAGCGGUGAGUAAACUGACCCAAAGUACGUUGCACCUUUUAACACGCAGACACUGUAUUACAAGCGCCCGAACGAAAGGCUUUUGGAAUGUGAGUGAAAAGCGAACGCUUGAACUCAUUACUCUUUAUUUUCAGCCCUCUGGGGGUGGAAACAAAGCUCACCUUCCAGCACUGAUUAGCUGGAUUUACUUCCAUAGAAAAGGGACGGACAAGUUGAAGCUCGUGAAAAUUGUGUCUGUUUGUGUGUGAGACAUUGCUCUGUAACCAUUUUUUUUUUUUUUUUUUUUAAUCG